CUACUUUCAGUUGUGUUUGACCCCGACGUCUACUGUUGUAAGACGUAUCGGCGUGUUCAGAAAGGGUUAGUUUUUACUAGAAUAAACAUCCGUUUUCGGUGAUUACCUGUUGUCAAAGAGGCGCAAUGAACACUCUUGUUAGAUCAGCCGUUCGGUGUUUGCGGGUGGAUAAUGUGUGCCGGACAGGCCGAGCUGAUGGACAAGUGUUUACCUCGGCCCGACUACUGUGCGCCGCUGCGGGGCAGAGGGACUUCGCUGAGAUGGUGAAGAAGGACAAAGUAGUGGUGUUUAUGAAGGGGACACCAGCGCAACCCAUGUGUGGCUUCAGCAACGCAGUGGUCCAGAUCCUACGGAUGCAUGGGGUAGACGAAUAUGCCGCGUACAACGUGUUGGAUGACCAGGAUCUCAGGCAAGGAGUUAAGGCCUUCUCAAAUUGGCCGACAAUCCCGCAGGUGUUCUUCAACGGGGAGUUUGUGGGCGGCUGCGACAUCCUCCUUCAGAUGCACCAGAACGGAGAUCUGGUGGAAGAGCUGCGGAAGCUGGGAAUCCGCUCCGCGCUAUUAGACGCAGAGAAAUCGAAAUAGGUGAACUGAACAGGCGGGGCUUACCAACGGUUGGUGCUCCCUUUAUAAAUGGAUCCCGAAAGUUUGUGUCCAGUGUCGCCUGACCAGACCUGCUGAAGUUCACACUCUCGUCAGGGGAUAUUGGAGGAGAGUGUAUCGAGAUACCCACUUCUGUGUUCACGCAGUCCAAACCCUUACACAAAAAAGACACCAUUAAUCCUACUCUCUAUUCCCGCUGCAUACCUUGUGUUUUCAGAAAUGCUGGUUUAGUGCACUUUGUAUUCAAAUUGUUGUACAAUAAAAGUAUAUUAUCAAGUGUAUUUCUUAAGCAUGUAAAGUCUUUAUAUUAAUAAAAGGUUUUAGCGCA